UGAUGUUCCUUCUGAAAAUAGCCUAGCAUAGCUUUAUUGCUUUAUGCAGUUAUUGUUUUGGAAACUGAUAAUCUUACAUUGAAAAAAAUGACUGAAUGAAAAGGCUUGUUUAAAAUGGCAUAAAAAGUUAUUUAAAACCCCCAUUGGGGAACAAGGGUCAGUUGUGCUGCCACAACCCCUGGAGCAGGAAGGACAGGAUAUUAGGAGCUGACCACUGAUUGGUCAGUCGGACAGCAAAGGGCGGUCUACAUAAAUUAGUGAUAGACACUUAAAGCAGAUAUCCUGCAGUGAUCAAACACUGGGUGAUCUGACAAUCCAGUGUUUGAAGUGAUUAUCAUACUACGCAACAUAAAGGCUAACCCCCAGCUUUGGGCCUAAUUAGUUCACUUAGGGCCCUUUAUAAGACUUUGGUAGGGGACUGGGAAGUACAGACACUUACUGGGAGUCAGCAGCUCAACAGGAUAGCAGCAGCAGAUCUGGAUCCUUAAAGUUGACUUGCUGCUACGCCAAAACAAACCAACUUGAAGAUUAGCUGCUUUUCUGAGAAUGCCACACUUAACCGACUGCAGUUACUACACGAUGCGGGACGCAACCAGAGCUUCAAAUGUACAAAGCCACCUGGAGAACUCAAAGUUCCACCUCCACCAGACCCAGAAUCAACAGGUCAAGCAGUACCUGACGCUGGGCUCAAAGCUGGCCUCUUCGGCCGGGCAAGGCCACGCCGUUCCGCAUCCACACGCCCCUGGCCAGCCGCUGGCCACCGUGCCGAUCAUGAGGAAUGGACACAUGCCCUCAGUCAGCGACAGCAGCAACCCCAACAGCCCCGUUACCCUCCUCACAAUGGCCAAUCACGACAGCGAGUUUCCAAUGGAUGAAGUUAUUGAUGACCUCAUUAGUCUUGAAUCCGGUUUCAAUGAUGGAGGCUUGGAUUGCAUGGAGUCUAACAUCAUAAUGCAAAACAAUGUGUCCCUCAGUGGCAGCAUGCUGGACCUCUAUGGGGGUGAACAAGGUAUGAACGCCCCUAAUGGUGGAAUGAGCCCCACAUCUAACCCCACAAAGCUCACUGUAAAAAGGGAAUACACAGAACAUGACACAAGAGUGAUGGCCAAAGAGAGACAGAAAAAGGACAACCAUAAUCUGAUUGAAAGAAGGCGAAGAUACAACAUCAACUACAGAAUUAAAGAGCUCGGGACGCUCAUACCAAAGUCGAAUGACCCCGACAUGCGCUGGAACAAAGGCACCAUCCUGAAGGCCUCGGUGGAGUACAUACGGUGGCUGCAGAAAGAGCAGCAGCACGCUCGGGAGCUGGAGAGCCGUCAGAAGAAGCUAGAGCAAGCGAACAGGAGGCUACUGCUGAGGAUCCAGGAGCUUGAGAUCCAGGCACGAGCACAUGGCCUCCCAAACAUGACUUCAGCCUUGGGGACAGUUGAACUUUCCUCCCAUCUCCUCAAACAACAACAACAACAGCAGCAGCAGCAGCAGCAGCAGCAUCAGCAGUCUCCCCAGGCCCAGCAAGCCCAGCAGCCGCCCCUCUACCAGGAGGACCCCAACAGCGACUACCGGAUAGCCGGAGUGCCGCCGUCCAUGCCCACUGCUGCCGGGCCACAGGACCACAUGCCAGGCGCCGACGGCUGCACCACGUUCUCCGACCCGCUGUCUCACUUCACAGACUUCUUCAGCGCUACCCUCAAGGAGGAGCACCGGCUGGACGAGAUCCUGAUGGAUGACCCCCUGUCGCCGUUUGGCACCGACCCGCUCCUCUCGGCCAGCUCGCCCGGAGCCGUUUCCAAGGAUAGCAGCCGCAGGAGCAGCUUCAGCUCUGCAGAGGGUGACGACCUUUAAGGGUGCCCCCCCCCCUCUCAGGAGCAAACUCUUGUUAUCUUCUCGUGACAACACUGUUGUAAUUCCCAGUGGGAAAAAGCAUACACAGAGCCUCUAAAAGACUGAUUGAUGGCUCUUGGCAUUGCCACUCACAGGGUUGCAAGUAAUUUAAAUGACAGCUAACACACCUGACAGUGCCCCUCAAAGUGCCACCUGUAUAUAAAGUGUGUAGUUCUUGCUGAUCAGGUGGGUGUUAGAGCUCGAUUGGCUACCAAAGCUUGCGUUCUCCAAAGCUCAGCGGGACCACAAACAGCUCAUGGACCUUCUGCUCCUCCACCUGCUUUUUUUAACGUUACUAUAGACAAUGAAUAUGUUUCUCUGCCUCCCGGACAGAGCAGAAACAGACUCACAAGAAAAAGGGAGACAUUUAUACAUAAUGUAAAUGAUCAUGUCUACGGUUUUAUUUUUUUUGGUUAAGCCUGUGGUAGCUGUACACUGUAACAUAUGAAAAUAAUCACUGGAAACCUGCCAAAACUGUCCUUUUUUAAAAUGACAAUACCACUACUUCGCAACAGUAUUUUUUUUAAAGAGUUGCAGUCGGGAUUGUGAUUGUGUGAUGUGCCUUAUUCAAACCCCAAGUGACUGAUGUACUCACCGCAAUGCCUAACAUGUCUUUGUCUGUGUCUUUUAAGUGUUUUUGUUAAAUAAGUGUUUAUAUAUUUAUGUAUGUUUUAAUCCAUG